AUGUCUCCAAAGCCUGAGACGGUGCGAGCACUAUUCGCGCCAUUCCCUAAUUACAGCGGCAUCCCCACAAUCAAUAUUUACAGCUACGAAGUGCCUCUGCCCGCCUAUUGGCGGAUCGCCGAGCUCCUGCACGAUGGCAUCCCAAAGCAGCAGGUCGUUCAACUCAUCGUUUUAGAUGGCGGGAUUAAAACCCGGCGGUCCGUGGAGGAAGUCAUCACCGCAAUCACGGACAACCACCGCUUAAUGACCGCGCACGCAUCGAAGAGAACCACCGAAGCUGCUGUGGGGAACGGUUCCAAGGCGAAUAGGUCGAGCAAUAGACUCAGCACUCUACUGUUGUCCACGAAUGCAGAGUCUCACCUCGAGGAAUUCAAGCCACAGGAGAAGCAGCAGCUCAGCACGACAUUGGCGCUUGCACGCCGGAAAGAGAAGCUCGGCCGCACCGGUGUGGUGGACGACGAAGACGAGAGGAGGCGAACGAUCGCUGCCAUCGAUUAUGAAAUCAAGAAGACCUUGCAGCGCCACGCGGAGAUCGAGACCCAGAUCGAGUAUGCGAGAAGGCUGACGGUGAUGAGAUGA